CGAUUUCGUCUCUCCUUCCACCUUGCGUUUCGGGUGUUUGAGCGCAGCUGAGCCGAUCUCCCGCUCUUGCUACUACAGUAAAGUACCAUGCCGGGCCUGCUGCUAGGAGAUGAGGCGCCUAAUUUCCAGGCUGACACUACCCACGGUCCCAUACGCUUCCAUGAAUUUCUGGGCAACUCGUGGGGCAUCCUCUUCUCUCAUCCACGGGACUUUACUCCAGUGUGCACAACAGAACUUGGCCGAGCGGCAAAGUUAGCUCCAGAAUUUGCCAAGCGUAAUAUUAAAUUAAUAGCCCUCUCUAUUGAUGAUGUUAAUGACCAUCUCGCUUGGAGCAAGGACAUCAAUGCCUACAAUGGUGAUAAGGCUACAGACAAACUCCCCUUUCCAAUAAUUGCUGAUGCAAAACGGGAACUUUCAGUCCAACUUGGGAUGCUGGAUCCAGAUGAGAGAGACAAAGAUGGAAUGCCUUUGACUGCUCGUGUGGUAUUCAUUUUUGGCCCAGAUAAGAAGCUCAAACUCUCUAUCCUAUACCCAGCAACCACUGGCAGAAACUUUGAUGAGAUUCUAAGAGUUGUUGACUCCCUGCAAUUAACAGCUGUUAAGAAAGUCGCUACACCUGUUGAUUGGAAGUCUGGAGACCAGGUCAUGGUUAUUCCAAACUUAUCGGAUGAAGAAGCCAAAAAGCUGUUUCCAGGGGGGGUUUGCACUAAGCAACUUCCAUCAGGCAAGAAUUACCUUCGUUAUACCUCUCAACCUCAGUAACAAUUGUGAAGAGAAAUCAUACAAGCCAGAAAGCUGAUCGCUGGGACUUUGCAGGACUGGUUGUUUUAAAUCUGUGGAAAUAUACUUUGAGAGGCUGUUGCAGAAGGGAAGCAAAGUGUCUAUUAUUUCUUUUAACCCAGUGACUGGUGUGGCUUACAGCAUCAGCUAGUCAGUUUAGACUUACUUUGUUCAAAUGUAAUCAGUUUUCCUGACCCUCUUCUUGGAAUUGAGUUUGCCACUUUACAUCAGUACAGAUUUUUCUUUAAUCUCUUUUCUAUUCUCUAGCCACAUAUAAUCAUGCUUCAUGAACAGCAGAUUAACUCUUUUCAUUUUUUUCAUUAAUGGGAAACAAUUUCUGUCGUGUGUAAAAAAUUCAAACCUUGGAUUAUGUUUGCAAGAUUAUCAGAAAUAAAGGUUCUUAGGUUCAUUUUACAAAAUAAAUUGAAUACACUGUUA